AUAAGUGUCAUAUAUAUGAAAUAUGACACUUAUAAAAGUACAUAUAACGUAUAUAAAUAUUAUUCGUAGGCAGAAACUUACUACAUCAACGUCAUCACGAAUAAAAAAAAUUAAACACUCGACAACUGUGGGUAUAGACUUUUCUUUUGUGCUUUACUGAAUUAAAAACAAUGCUGACAAAGACGUUAGAUAAGCAUUCUAGACAAAGAAGUCAAUACGACGCUGUUUAAUUUGUCAAAAUUAUCGGUAAACAUUCUAAAUAAUUUCAAUUAAUAUCAUGAAUUAGCGCUUUCUACCUGUUAUUACCUGUAUAGACCCGCUUGUUACCUGUAGACAUAGCCAAAAUACCAGUAUUUGAACUACAAUGGCUACACAUGCAUUUUAUGCAGAUGCUGAGCAGAAAUCAAAUAGACGUAUCCGGAAUUGGUACCAGAAAAAUCUGCUCACAGUUCUGCACCAUGCAAAAGAGAAACAAGCUAGAGACGUAGACGUGUCUAUAGCGCUCGCCGAAGAACUUAUAAGAAAACUGGAUGAGCCGCUUGAAAAACCAAUGAUCGUGCCUUUACGAGAAUUUGUACAAUCAAAAGACGAUAGUUUAAUGAAACCUAUUGAGCUUGAUAUGCUGAAUUUACUCUAUGAAGGCACAGAGAAAGGAGCCACUGAGAAAUAUUUGAAAGCAAGAAAUAAGAAAGCUCCAGAAGAUAAAUAUUACUUCCGUAUCACAUCAAACUGGGACUAUGGGUGGCAACAAAAGCAGUCGAGACAGCGGGCUCGUGACGUAAACAGAGGUCGGUGCGCUAUCCUACGGGAUACGUUCUACAGGAAGAACAACCUCGCCGCGGACCCGCCACACUACUCGCAGCCCUCUGGUGGCGAGAUAUCUAUAUGCAGUGAAUACUCUUGCAACUAGCUGAUUUCGUAUAUAUUCUGAGCUUCAUGAAGAUGCAAUAGGCAUUAUGUAGAAAAUAUUGCUGUAUAAUUAAACCUUAAUAAAGUAAGUACGCGAAACAAUUUACAAAUUCUAACCUACCUUCUUUGUAACACCUCUGACCUACCCCAAAAUUUAUUGAAUGGUAUGCAAAUGCCUGCGCUAACAGAAUUUUGCUAGUAAUUAGGACACUACUUCUCAUUACUGUCAAUGGCCUUUGCACCUCAAAACUGGCUCUAGAAUUUCAAUUUGUAACAAAAAAUUAAAUAACAAAACUGCUUAAGCAUAAAAUAUGCAACGCAAUUUAUAAAAAGGUUCAUUUGAUGUAUUAACAUCUGUUUGGUGCGUAUGAAAUAAUAAACGUUGUAUAGCAAAAAACAUAUAUUUU